AUGGCACAGUGUAAAAUCCAUAAUAUUAGAUUCUAUAAUCCAGAACCACAAGCAAUUCGAUGUAUGAAGAUUCAGAAUUCCACUAAAAAGCUAGCAUUAUGUAGAACAGACGCAACAAUAGAAAUAUGGAACCUACAGAAUACGUGGUUUUUAGAAAGAACUAUAGCACCUAGUACGGAUAAUUUUAGUAUAGAAGAUGUUGUGUGGUGUGAUAAUCGACUUUUUAGUGUAGGACUACAUGGACUGUUAAUUGAAUACAAUUUGUCAAAACUUUGUAUAGAAAAUCGAUGGGCAGUUACAGGUGAGGCAGCAUUUUGCUUAGAUAUCAAUAAAACUGGUUCCAAAAUUGCUAUAGGAACAGAACAAGGAUAUUUGAAUAUAUUUACUGUCAAUAAAGAUGGUGUAUAUUUUGAAAAAUUCUUAGACAAACAAGAGGGACGAAUAAUGUGUCUUAAAUUUGAUGCCACUGGUGACUUUAUUGCAAGUGGAAGUAUUGAUGCUAUUAGAAUAUGGAAUGUACAGUCUGGCCAUGCCAUUCACAAAAUGACAACAGGAAGAGCAGAAAACAAUAAGCCAACUAUUGUGUGGUGCAUAGAUAUAACUGAUGACUUUACAGUGAUUACAGGAGACUCUAGGGGAAAACUGUCAUUUUGGGAUGGUAAAGUUGGCUCUCAAAUAGAAAGUUAUCAGUCACAUAAGGCUGAUAUUUUAACAAUUACAUUAUCUAGUGACCAAAGUUCUUUAUACUGUGCAGGAGUUGAUCCAAACAUUACCAGUUAUCAAAAAGUCACUAUCAAGGGUGGUACACAAAAGUGGGUUAGAAGUAUCCAAAGAAAAAUUCAUGAACAUGAUGUGAAUUCCCUUGUUUUGUUGGAUAACAAACUCUAUUCUGGAGGAGCAGAUAGCUACUUAGCAUGUAGUUAUCAUCCUCCCAAGACUCUCCUUAAACUACCACCAUUACUUCAAAAUCCUUGUGCCCAGGUUGCAUCUUCUUCAAAUUAUUUAUUACUAAAGUUUUCUAAGCAUAUUGAAAUAUGGAGUCUUGGUAAGAGCAAAAAUGUUGAUGUCAGUUUUAGGGGAUUAAUUCCUUUGAAAGAAGAACCAAAAAAACUGUUAGAAUUGAAAAGAGUAACAAAGAAUUAUGAUGGCGAAGAAGAUAAAGAAGGUAUAAUCUCGUGUGCUAUAUCUAAUAAUGGAAAAUGGAUAAUAUAUAGUACUGCAAAAGGUGUAAAUCUAUUCCAAUUUAUACAUGAUGAAGAAACACCAAAUCUUAUAAAAGUAGAUGAUCUUGAAAAUAAGAAUAUCCCAUGUUUAUUAGUAGCCUUUGCCCCAAAUAAUUCACAACUAAUUGCAUGUCAAAACACAGGAAACAUUGUUAUUUAUAGGCUUUUAGAUCAGAGAGUUUCCAUAUCCCAAGUGAUUCAAUUUGUUGGUGAUAUUGAGAGUAAUAUAGUAGUGUUUCAGUGGAACGCAAAGAAACAAGAAUGGAUACAUCACUGUAAACUUCCGAAAUAUAGAUGUCCUCCUACUGCCAUGGCCAUUCAUCCCUCAUCUACAAAUUUAGUGGUAGUUUAUUCAGACUGUAAAUUAAUAGAGUAUAGCAUUGUUAAAAAACAUUUUACAUCAUUUUCAAAAGAUUUUGAAAACAGUGAGUGGAAAUCUAGGCCUUACCCAAUCAGGAAUGUUGCUUUUGAUCCUAGAAGAGAAAAUAUUAUCAUACUACAAGAUGACAGUAAUAUAAUAAUUAUCAAUAAAGAAAAAGAGACUACUGGAAAGAAACAGAAGGAACCCAAAGUUUUAAAAAAAUAUUUUGCAGAUAUUAAAGGAAAUGGUAGUCUUGAUGUGUCCAAAGAAUUUAAUUUUAAUUCAAUUAAAAAGUACAAGCAUUUGGCAUAUCUCGAAUGGCUUCAUGAAGAUGAGUUGGUGGUUAUUGAAGUACAUCCUUUGAAUAUAAUAACACAACUGUUACCAGCAUUUGAGCAACACAAAUUUGGAAAGAAAUAA